CAGGCCAGGAUGAGACGAUGAAGUCGUCUCGAGGGACGACAAUGACGAAGGGUAGCUAAACGGAAACCUCAAACUUUGCUGCAAUGUGAAGGAUGCCAUGAUACACACCUGCAUGGGGAAUUGGGGGGAUGUGGAACCAGCAGAGCGUGUUCGGAGAUCCAGGAAACCAUGUAGCUUUAGCUUUUAAAGCAGAUGAACCCCUGGGGGGGUUUGGCAUGUCACUGUUGAAAUUGCGUGUAGCUUCGACCGAGACAGAUACCAACAGAAGUCAAUCCGUGCCUCCUUAUUGUGUUAUUCCAGAAGUUCAAGUCAUAUCAGAUACCUUCCAAGCAUUCGCCAUGGCACCUUCAGCAGUUGAGACAGGGGCAGCAGCCGUUGACCCCAAGGCCGUCACCGUCCAGCCCAUCCUGACACUAUCCGGAAAGAUCAUUGCAGUAACCGGCGCAAACCGCGGCAUCGGCCUCGGCGUCGCAGAAUGCUGCCUCCUCAACAACGCAGCAAAGGUCUACUCCAUCGACCUCGCGGAGCCCGGCGACGAGUUCGCCGCGGCGUCCAAGCAGUUUCCCGGCCGCCUCUUCUCCAUCUCGGCAAACGUCACCGACGAGGCGAGCAUCACGGCCGCCAUUGACAAGAUUGUCGAGGAGGCGGGCGCGAUCCACGGCGUCGUCUGUAACGCUGGCCGGACGAACCACAAGGCUGCGCUUGAUUUCACAAAGGAGGAGAUUGAGUCGCUGUUUGGUGUCAACUUAUUUGGUGCCUUUUACACUGCCAGAGCGGCGGCGAGAGCUUUCAUCAAGUUGAACAUCAAGGGUUCAGUGGUAUUCACGGCUUCCAUGGCCUCUUACCGUCCCAACAAGCGCGUCCCUUCGGCACCAUACGGCGCAUCCAAAGCCGGCGUCCGCAACAUGGCGCACACGCUCGCCAUGGAGUGGGCAAAGUAUGGCAUCCGCGUCAACAGCGUCUCGCCCGGCCUCGUCAACACGGCCAUGACCUACUGGGUGCCGCAGCAGCCGGACUGGGAGCAGCAGCUCAAGUAUUACGGCGGCAUGCCCCGCUUGGCAGAGGUCCAGGAGCUCGGUGGCGCGUAUGUGUACCUUUUGAGCGAUGCGGCGAGUUAUACGACGUCGAUUGAUAUCCCCGUGAACGGUGUUAUUGGAAUCUGCUAA